UAUUUUUCACAUUUCCUCAUCAAAAAAAAAAGGAAAAUAUUUCUUAUUCUUCAACGAAAUUUUGUGUUACAAGUGUUUUAUAAGUUGAAGCGCAUGAGAUUACAUAAUAAUUAUGUUGGAUGCAUUAUUAGUGAUUGGCAAAAGAUGCAAAAUAUACAGAUAAUGUGAUGAAGGUCAUUCACCGUUGUCGUUUGUGAUUGUUGACACAUGACAAAAAAUGAAAUUAUGAAUUAUUUUAAUGUUCUAAAUAUUCUGGAAGUAUAUUCAUUGGAAUUUAUCAAUGAUUUAACAAAAAGUGAAAAUACCAAGAUGUGAAUGAUUGCUUUUCAAAGUAUUGUAAAAAAUGCUUCAAAUCAACAAAGUGAAAAAGAUUGGAGACGGAUGCUGUUCAAAAAAUAUAAUACAAUCACUAUGACGAAUAAGGGAAUCUGCAAUUGAUCCUCUAUGUCACGUACUUCAAGGAUAAGGACAAAAGGAUAUAUCUUAUUAGGAAGGAUACAGGAUUCUCCAGUUUCCGACUUUUUAGAACUCGGUCUAUUUUUACGGUUAUUUUUCACAUUUUCCAAAUGGAAAUUUAACUUGAAAGUAGGGAUCUCCGAGGGCUAUUUAGUUUGAAUGAAUAAAUCUCCCUCAAGCUGAAAAUUCGUUAUUAAGGUAUAAUGGAAGAAAACAAUGGAUUCAUUUUAUGGCGCUGUGUGUUGACAUUUGGUGGGGAACAAUAGAGCCAGGUAGAAUCGGGAGUGUUUGGAUUUUUAUUAAAUCGCGAAUAUUUCAUAAUUUCUAAAUAAUUCGUAGUUUUCGGGAGUGCUAGUAUUUUAUUAAAAUCGCGUUCGUUAACAAGUAUUUAAUGUCAUUGUAUUUUCGAAAGUGUUCGAAAUUUAAAACCGCGUUCGUUUUUUAGCAUAAGUAUUUUAUUUUUUAUUUUCGGGAGUGGUCGAAAUUCUUAAAAUCGCGUUCGUUUUUAACAUAAGUAUUUUAUUUCAUUGUAUUUUCAGGAAUGUUAGAAGUUUUUAAAACUGUGCGUGAGUGAAAAAUAGUGUUCAAACGCCGCUACGGAUUGGAGACCAUCUUAAGACCGCAUGUAUCAGGAAAUAUCAAGGGGAAAAUAUGCAACGGUACGAAGAUGCAGAGAAAGAUCAAGUGGAAGGCAAUGGGCAGCGAAAUUUUUGAAAAAAAGAAGAAGAGCACAGGAGUUUCGUGCAGAGGCCCUACAUGAGGUUGCAGUGCUGGAUGCUGCAGCUCACUGUCCUCAUCUUGUUUCUCUUCAUCAAGUCUUUGAAACAAAUAACGAGAUGGUCCUCGUUCUUGAAUUGGCUCCCGGUGGUGAAUUACAAAUGGUGUUGGAUAAAGACGAAAUUCCCGAGGAAAGACAAGUUGCAAGGCUUCUUAGACAAAUCCUCGAUGGAAUUGCUUUUCUUCAUUCCUUCAAUGUAGCGCACCUCGAUAUUAAGCCACAAAAUUUGGUACUGACGGGUGAAUUUCCUGAUUGCGAUGUGAAACUUUGCGAUUUUGGAAUUUCUCGGUACAUCAGUCAUGGUGCAGAUAUUCGUGAAAUUUUAGGCACCCCCGAUUAUGUUGCCCCGGAAGUUCUCAACUACGAGCCAAUAAGUCUGGCCACCGAUAUGUGGUCAGUUGGCGUUUUGUUGUACGUUCUACUAACAGGUUGUUCGCCAUUUGGAGGAGAUACCAAACAGGAAACAUUUUGUAAUAUUAGCCGAUGUCGACUAGACUUUCCUGACGAUCUUUUCGAGGAUGUUUCCAAGGAGGCACAAGAUCUCAUGCGAAAACUAAUGGUCAAGGAUCCAAGGGAAAGACUAACAGUUACAGACUGUUUACAACAUUCUUGGUUCACAUUAUUUGACGAUCCAGUGGCAACUCUAUCAACGACAGUAUCCCUAGAAAUUGAAUCAAUCAUGUCAAAUUCACUAGUUCUUUUGGAAAAGGAACCACUGCCAAAAAGAUCAUCGACACCUGAACCUGACAUCUGUUCUUGCUCGAAACCUUCAAGUAGUUCAUCAUCAAAAAUUGAUUCAGAAUCAAUUAAUCAAGGUACAAAUGUAGUUGAUGGAAAAUUGUCAGUAACACGAGCCAUUUCUUCACAUACAGAAAAUAUUUAUUCAAAACCAAAGACAACGCCAUUAAGAAUUGGUCUUAGUGCAAAUCGAAGGGAUACAUUUAAAAAAAAUAUGGAAUCAUUGGCACAAAAAUUUUCAACAAGUACAGAAAUUGUUAUUUUAGAAGGAAAUGGAUCGAGCAGCAGUAGUAGUAGUACACAAAGAAGAGCAACUGCAACUCAUACAAUGCCAGCUGGUGAAGUUUUUAAAUGUAUGCCAGUUUUUAUUUUAGGCGAAGAACAACAAUGCAGCGACAGUGGAAGUGAUACUGUCUCGGAAAUAUCAACAGAUAGUUCCAGUGAUCGUAGUUCCAUUUAUUCGGAUGAUUCUCUUGAUUUUAUUCUCUAUGGUAAAAGUCAAGGAAGAGCAAGUUUUCCAUUUACGGGUCCAGAAUCUGAUAGGUGGGAACAGAGGCAUCAUCAACGUGUAUGGCCUAGGGAGUGCAACGGUGUCGUGAGCAAAGCCCUGAGCCGUUUCACAGAACCUGGAUGUGGAAAACUAACCAAGAGUACAACUCCGCCAAGUUCCAGGGGAAAAACAGGUUUAGAAGCACUACGUGAACGAGGAGGUAACCUCGUCGUGAUUAGAGAGCCCGUUAGAGCCGGAAGGUACACAAGAUACAGCGAAGUUCAAUGCGAGUCAGUACAGGCAAGAAUUCGAAGGUUUCAAAUUCACGGAGGAUCCUAAAUUCAUUUCAAAAUUCAUAGAAUUUUUUUUCUUUUUUAAAAAAAAAAAAAAAUUCUCUGCUUUUUAUCGAAAAAAUGAUUUUCUCGAUGAAAUAAUAAACUGUGUAUGGCGCUGUGCGUGCUCAACAUAUUAUAUAGGCAGCUUGGAAACCUGUCUAGGGCCUCGUUAUCUCUCUCUUUCUCUCUUGAGGGAUAGACCAACGUUCAGUCAUUUUUAUUGUAAAUAGGAAUGCGUGCUCCGUUGUAAAUAAUGUAACGAGUGUGAUGAUAAUAAUGAUGCUGUUGAUAAAAAUUAUCUUCCAUUCCGAUGGAAUGUGUGCGAAAUAAUGUAAAUAGAAGGAUAAAAAUAUGGUGCGAAAGAGAAAUUUAAAAAAAUUUUAUAUAUAUAAAUAAUAUACUCGGAUCAGCGGGGCAGUUGCAAGUCUGCCGAGAUCAAUCGAUAGACUGAUUUACCGUCCCUUCGAUAUGCGAUUAACAAUUUAUACUAUUUUUUUUUCGCCAAAACUGCCAUUUUUAUUUUUUUCUUAUCAUUGGCGAAGAUAUUUCAACAAAAUUAUUUCCAAAUCUCAAUCAAUCGACGAAAAAUGAUACCGUCAAAUUAGUUAUUCUUACAAUUAAUUUAAAUUAAAAAAAAAAUUUAAUUAUAAUUGGAUAAAAUUCUAGUUUUUCGUUAUCAUUUCUUGUAAUUUUCUCGAAAAAAAAAAUGUGUUCAUCAAAUCAUAACAUUGGUGCCUUGAGUAAAAAAUGAGAAAAAUUUUUACUGAUUCAAAAUUGUAAUAAAAUCCACAAAGAUGGAAAAUAAAACGAAUCAGUUUUUUUUUCUCAGAGAAUGUUUACAUAGUGCCUAAUACUUUAUCCCUACCCGCCAAAUGUAUAGAAAAUGUUUAUUCGUAAAAUAAAUCACUGGACUUAUAGGGGAUCAAUAAAAAAAAAAAAAAAAAAAAAAAAUUAGGCUUUUAAAGAUGCCGUGCCUUAAAUCGAUAAACGCCUAUCAAAAUUAAUCUCCCCAAUCGAGAUUAAAAUCAAUUAAAUCAAAAUUUUUUAAAUAGAGAAUAAUAGAAAUUGAUUUAGUAAAUUUUUCUUCUCAUGAAAUAUCAAUAUUUACUAUGUAAAAAAAAAUAUUAAUCAGUAUAAUUAGGCUAAUUAAUAUUUUUUUUUGGCGAGAAUUAAAAAUACAGGUGCGGCGAAGAAAGAAACUGUAAGAUAAUUUUUUUUUCGAUUAAUUUAUCGAUAAUUUAAAUUAAUUGCAAAGCAACGACUGCGAAACGUUUCAAAUUUUUGAUUCUACGAUUUAUUAGAAGAUCGAGAGGAAUGCGCUCUACUUUGUAAAUGCUAGUCAUAAUUUUGCGAAGAUCCCUCGAAUCUCUAAAUUUUUAAAUUUCAUAUAAAUUUGAAAAAAGAAACUUUAUUUCUUUCACGAAUUUCCUAUAUGUGGUACACGCUUUCAUUGGACUCUGAGCCAAUAAAUGACGUGGGCUAUCUUUUUUUUUUUUAAUUACACAAUAAGAAAAAUAUUUUCUAAUUAAAUUAUUGUCCGUUAAAAAUGGAAUGAUUAAUUUAUUAUUAAAUUAUUGUUUUAAUAAAAUUCUUAACGUUUGCUAACAUUAAGAAUUUAAUUUGUUAUGUGAAAAAAAUCUUAUUUAUUGUACAAUAAAUAAAAUAAAGAAAUUUAGAAAAUUAAAAUAAAAUAUUGUAAUUAAAAUUUUUUCUUUACAAAAAAAAAAAAAAAAAAAAAUUGAACAUAAUUUAGAAAAUAUAAUUGAAAAAUUUUAAAAAUAUUUUUAAAAAAAUUUAAUUUAUCAAUUCAGUGAGUCAAAUAGCUAAAUUUAUUUAAAAUUAAUCAAAGAAAUUAUAUGUGUAAAUAGAUAAAUUCUAAUUUGGUGAAGUAAAUUAAAAAUAUAAAUUAAAUUAUUUAAAUUAAAUUAAAUACUAAAAAAAUUUAAAAGAAAAAACAAUUAAAAUUGUUAUUUUUUAUCUAAUUGAAUUAUUUCUAGAAUAUUCUAGAAAAUCUUUUUUUUUUAAUUGACAAAAGGAAAUUUUGUGUAUUGAAACGCCAUUUUAGAAAAUGGAACGUUUGCAAGUCGUAAACCCGUGUGAUACUAUUGCGCACAAUCAAUAAAAAAAUAAUCGAGGACAACGCUCAAAAACAAAUUUAUUUGUAAAAUAUUUUAUUUACAAUCCGAAAAAAAACUCGGACCUAAGGGGAAAAAAAUGUUUAGAGCGUUGUAAUUAAAUAGAAAAAGUGUAUAAUAGUUUGUUUUUUUUUGCUACAUGAUGAGAGUAUCCUGACUGGAUAAAGAUUGCGUUUUUUUUUCAUUAUAAAGUUCAAGGCGAAUUUGAUAUUUAUUUUAUUAAUAU